CGCCAUACCACUGUUCCUGACGCCCACCAUGAAUUCCCUUUAUACCUCCGGCGUCCGACAGACGAGCUCGAUACAGGCUGACUUGGAGCGGAUGAAGGGGGGCGACACUUCAGCAGCCCUUCUGGGGCAGAUAUCCGCGUCACUCGCCGCGAUGCAACGCACGGUUGACGACUAUGAUUCAAUGGCAAAGCGCGAGAUGAUCAAGGCAAAGCAGGAGAAGGCCCUCAUGCGUGUCCAGAAGUUCCGCCAAGACUACUCCGAACUACGCCAAACAUUCGAACGCUUAAAAGCAGAGGCAGCACAACAGAAAGCCGCUGAGGAACGUGCCUCCCUCCUGUCUCCCAAUCCCGCCGAUGCUGCCCGAAGACGCUUCGCUGGUCCCUCCACAUCCACGCCCUCCGACACCGUCUCCGAAUCCCCAUUCCGCUCCGCCUCCGCCACCCCACAAUCCAUGUACAGCAAUCGCGAGCGCCACGCCCUCGACGAGCACUCCUUCAUUCGCGACACAGACUCCAAACUCGACGAAUUCCUCGCGCAAGGGCAGGCCGUGCUCGACAACCUUGUCGAUCAGCGCAAUAUGCUCAAGGGGACUCAACGGAGACUUCUCGAUGCGGCCAACACACUAGGCUUAAGCCGCGAUGUUAUUGGAUGGAUUGAAAGGAGGAGUACGCAAGAUAUGUACAUCUUCUUCGCUGGCUGCGUGGUGACCUUCGGCUGCUUCUUCUUGAUAUGGAAGUAUCUGGGUUGAUUCGUAUAGGUUAAACCCUCGUUUGCACGGACUUUCGGAAUAUAUCCAUCUGCUGUAAUUAUGUCUGCUGUCCCCUUGAAUGGCUCACUAUGUCGCUCGGAUAGGUUGUGCUAUGUGCCAUAUGCGUCCUCCGGCAUGUCCCAACGCGAAUCUGCAUCCGUACCCUAAACUGCAAGUAAAUUAUCU